UUCUUUUUGGGUUAAAAACUCUUGAACCUUAUUACGGAACACCCCCUCCGACCGAACAAAUAUCGGUCUAACUUGCAAAGCUGUGAAUCCCAUUGUUGAUGGAGUUGGAAGGUUCUAGAAAGCCAUUGCGAGUGCUGGAGUUCUACAGUGGAAUUGGCGGCAUGCGAUAUUCUCUCCUCAAAGCUGACGUCAACGCCACCGUUGUUGAAGCUUUUGACAUAAAUGACCUCGCUAAUGACGUUUAUCAGCACAAUUUCGGUCACCGCCCUUUUCAGGGUAACAUUCAGACUCUGAGUGCCGUUAAUCUUGACAGCUACAACGCUGAUGCUUGGUUACUUUCUCCUCCUUGUCAGCCAUAUACUCGACAAGGUGAUGAAUUGCAUUCCCCCAUUCCCUUAUGGCCAUAUGAACUGAAAUCUUUUUGUUACAUUUUUGUGUCAGGACUCCAGAAAGGUUCUAGUGAUGCGCGGGCAUCAUCAUUUCUUAAAAUUCUGGAACUUAUACCACAGCUAUUGCGGCCUCCAUCAUAUCUUUUUGUGGAAAAUGUAGUAGGAUUUGAGACUUCUGAUACCCAUGCGAUAUUGGUCGAAAUAUUGGAAAAGAAUAGUUUUGUUAUACAAGAAUUUAUCUUGAGUCCACUGCAAUUUGGACUGCCAUAUUCUCGGCCUCGUUAUUAUUGCUUGGCCAAAAGGAAACCUUUAUCCUUUGAAGUACCUGAAUUUAACAAUCAGCUUCUUCGGACCCCUGGCCCUUUACUUGGACAGACUGAAAGCACAGUGGAAAAGGAACAUCUGCAGUCACCAGAGUACUGGGAUGAGCUGCUUCAAGCUUGUCAACCUGUAGAUGAUUUCCUUGCAUUUAAAACUUUUGGUAAUGGGAAGGACUCAUCAACUUACUCUUUCCAUGCCAAUGAUUCUGCAAAAUCAGAUAGAAGUGAUGAGGAAAAUAAUGUAUACUUUGUUCCGUCAAGUCUAAUUGAAAGAUGGGGAAGUGCCAUGGAUAUUGUCUAUCCUCAUUCAAAGCGUUGCUGUUGUUUUACAAAAAGCUAUUACAGAUAUGUGAAAGGUACUGGCUCCCUGUUGGCAACUGUCCAGGAAAAGACAGAGAAUAGAACACCUUCACUGCAGGAUCUGUCUCUUAGAUACUUCACACCUAGGGAGGUUGCGAAUUUGCAUUCUUUUCCAGAAGACUUCCAGUUUCCACAACAGAUCAGUCUUCGCCAAUGUUAUGCAAUGCUAGGAAACAGUUUAAGUGUGGGAGUGGUUGCUCCACUGCUUCAAUAUCUCUUUAUCAACCCCUCAUGAUUAUGAUCAUGCUAUUAUCUGAAACUCCAUCCAUACAAGUUUUGCUGGAUGAAAUUCACAGCUAACACAUUUUUUCCCUAAACCUGAUGGUCUAGUAGGACACACUAUAAAAAAGCAGUGCUGACACAUUGACGCAGAAGAACAAUCUGUAGCCAUCGUUUCUACGAUCGUUGGUUAAGAACAUUGAAUCUUGAGAGGGUUGCAUUUCGACUUCACGUGAGGAAUGGGAUGCCCCUUUUGCGUUCUGCUCAUUCGCCAUGUGCAUAGAAUGAUUCUCGCUGCACUCAAUACUUUGAAAUGUAUAAGAUUGAAGCCAUUGCCAGCAGCAAAAGUGCUAGCCUAAUUUCAUAUCUAAAGAUCAAGUGAGUUGGACUACCAAAAGUGUUCAAGGUUGGAAAGAAGUAAAACAUUUGAAUUAAGGGAAAGGAGAUUUCAUCAGUUCUUCUUGAUUGAACAAGGUUAAAAUAAUCUGUUACUCAAUAUUGUAAAUUUAAAUGCUCUUGAGAAAUAUCUGUUGCAUGCAAGUGCUCGUGCCCGAAGCUGCUUCAGUGGUACUGUUUUUUCUUAAGAAAACAUUUUGUAGAACAAUAUUUUUCAUUGAACUGAGUACGCGGUUUGAGAAAAUUGAGUGCCUUGGCAGGCCCGAGACUGCUAGUGAUUGAAACUAGCAGCCAAGUGUUCUCCUGCUGAAUGAUUGUUCUGACCUUUGUUCUUGAGCGACAUCCGCAAUGUGCUAUUUAAGUUGGUGCAUCAUGUUAUUUAUCCGCUGUAUUGAUAUCGACUGGUGGAAGUUAUUACUUUUGAAUCCUGAGCUUCAGUGCUUGUUCAUGAAGAA